AAUGUUCAGUUGACAGCUGUUCGGAAUUUGAUAAACAAUUUUUUUUAGCCACGAAAAUUAAUCAGAAAAUUAUUUAAAUAAAUUUGAUUCAAACUGCUGUAGACUACAACUAUUUACGACCAGAUAUAGCAAUUUUCAUCUCAAAACGUUCAUAAACCCUUUCAAUUUUGUCAAAGUACUCCACAAACAACAUACAUUUUUCAUAAUGGCCGCUUCAAUACUUUCAGCAUGUGGUCUGAAUGAGCAAAAGUUGCCUGCCUUUGUCCAUAUCAGUGAGGAGUCUGACAUGGAUGGCAGUUUCUUAAUAAGCUGCAUUUUGGGUCAACGUUUGCGCAUCUCCAAUGCUGGCGCUUUACUAGUCUGUCUACAGCACAACUAUCAGCAUUACUUGAAUGCUGGUCUACGUCUUGGUUAUAACGCAAACAUAUUUCUGGAUAAAACUUUAAACAUCAUUGAUCCAUUAAGUGCUAUGGCGCGUGAUGGUGUCAACUCGCAGUGGCUGGAAGAUGAGGAACAGAUUACUUCUUUACUCUUGACUGCCAUCCGUGAACAAAUCGAAACCAAUUUUACCAAUCGCAUAAGCACCACAAUUUUAAUAGAUAAUUUAUCAAUUUUGCUCAAUUUGGGAGCGACAAAAGAACAAGUGAUGCAACUAUGCCAAGAGUUAGCAAACUUCCCAAAGGAGUAUCAGAAUCUAACUGUAAUCACCAAGAUGAGCAAUUGUGAUAUAAACGAAUUGGUUGAUAAUAAUGUGGCCAAGUUGGGCGACAUUCGCAUACGCGUUAAAAAGCUGAAGAGUGGUUUUUUCCGUGAAGUUGAUGGCAAGUUGUUGGUGGAGCGAGAUCUCGAUGCUGGCCCAUACAAAACAGAAGAAACGCAUAAGGAGAUACUGUACAAAGUAAACGAUCGUUUCGUUAAAAUUCACAAUCCCGGCGAGGUUGGAAUCAAAAUUUAGCUACGUCAAUCAUAGACAAACACACUGCUAUGUAUUUUAAUAUUUUUAUAUAAUAAAUUUAUAAAUACUUUUUAA